AUGAUCUAUAUGGGUCGGCCUUUCAUCAUACCCCAAGCGUCGUCAAGAUCACCUCAACCUAACUCGGGCGAUUCCACAAUUCAUGAAGUUCCAGAUAUUGUGAAUACUCUACGCAAGGACUCACUGAGUGCUGCAUUUCGAGUGAUCGAGCUGUGUCAGCUGUUACAAGACUCUGUUGGCCUCGCGCGUGCCUCGUAUACUGAAUUCAACGGGUGUCGCGUUGCUUUAUUGGCUCUUAUUGCCCACAGUAUCAUUGAACCAACACGCAAGAUAUCCAGUGCCCUGACUCAAGGCAUGUGUCUUAUCCGCCAGAUCUGCGCAGGGCUGGAAUCUGCCCGAUCUGAUGUCGCUGUCAUCGAAGUGCUUGAGCUGGCAAGGCAACGACUGCAUAGUCACACUAAUGCAGAGAGACGUCAGACAGAAGAUGCAGCAGGCUAUGAUCAAUUCAAAGAAUGGGCAAAGCUUUGGCGCGCUGGUCCCGUGGAUGGUAGCGACAUCUUCGCUUCGACAGAUAUGAACCCCACACCGGAGCAGCACUCUCCCCACUCUGGUUUCUCUUUUGAUGGGUUCUUCUCAUCUUUUCCCAACGAGCUGGGUGAAUUUGCCGCUAUCCCAGGACUAAAUUACGAUUUGGCACUGGCUGGAAGUUCUGAAUGGAUCAUGGAUUAA